CACGUUAGCUUAAUUCCGCACCGAACUCAGCAAUUCAAUUGCACUUUCUCCAAAGAUAGGAUUACUUUUAGAGUGGACAUUUUGCUGUUUACUACUUACUUCGGGGAUUUAAUUUGAUUUGCAUCGCUUCCAUUGGGAAUUAGAAUGCCGGUAUCGAACGGUGACUUCCGGUGUGGAGUGUUGAUCGCAUUCUUGGUGGCGCUGCAGUCCAGCGUGAUCCUCAGCCGGGAGUUGUUCCGCGACGACUUCGACACUUUCUGGCCGGACAUGCAGAAGUGGUCGACGGUGGAGCGGCCGUCGCCCACUCCUGCUACGCCCUCCUACGCCAGCCGCAACGUCUACACCGGACGCAGCCUGCUCAACCUGGCGGUGCAGCGCGGCUACGCCGGCGCGCAGUGGACGUCGGCGCGCAUCCACACCAGCGGCAAGUUCGCCUUCAAAUACGGCCAGCUGGAGGUGCGGGCGCGCCUGCCGGCCGGCUCCGUCCUGGCCAACAUCUGGCUGGCGCCCUACUCCUGCGCCGUCAAGGACUGCGCCGACUUCUUCCCGCCGACCAUCGCGCUGCUGCACUUCCGCGGCCAGCAGCCCACGGGCGGCAACUCCACGCUGUACUUCCGGCGCACGCCGGCCAGCGCCUCCAUGCUCAUCUUCAAGCACUUCGCCGUCAACGCCAGCUUGAGCGACGGCUUCCACACCUUCAAGCUGGACUGGUUCCCCGAGCGCCUGGUGUGGGCGGUGGACGGGCAGGCCUACUUCCAUAUAUAUGACAAGACCGUCAUCCCCAGCGUGCCCAUGUACCUCGUCAUGAACGCCGUCGCCGUGGCCGACGCGACCUUUAACGGCUACCUCAGUCCCAUGCAGGUCGACUACGUCGUCGUGCGCGACACGCCCGUGUCCGCCGCGCGGGCAACCUCCCCACUUCCGGUGGGGAUCCUGGUUCUGGUGACCUUUGGCUGCGUCUGGCUCCGGUGAGCAGUUUCCCACGGAAUCCCUGCGUGGGAAUCGGACAUGGAAGCGGCAGUGCUGCUGGGAGAUUUGCGGCAAUUUCCAUGCUUAUUUCUUCUCCGCGUCAGUAUUAUUCAAGCACGUGUUAGCGGUGUUUCCCAAGAAAAGUCUUUCCGUGUGAUUGUUCGUGUGUUGUUUACCGGCGGAUGCCCGCGAGCCUUUUUACGGUUACGAGUAUGUCAACUAGACGCGCUUUGUUUUCUAAGCAUGCGGCUGAUUUCUUUUGCUUGCGGCCAUCGACAGAUACAUAAUUUGCGCAUCCACAACGAAAAACAAUAAAUUUGAUAUCUACAGGUAAAUUAACUG